AUGGAAGCAGCUCUCGAAACCAUCAAGGGAUUGGCGGCAGCCGCUGACGAGGCCACCCGGCGGAAGCUCGUGGCUUCGCUGAGUAGCCUGGCUCAUUCGCUAGAGAGCCCCGGCGACACCAUCCACAGAUACGGGCACAUGUCUCUACAAACAGCCGCGAUCAGGAUCGGCUUCAACCUCGACCUUUUCAAGCUACUGGCCGAUGCGAAAGGCCCCUUGACAGUGGAAGAAGUGGCUGCAAAGACCAAUACUGAGGCUGCAUUGAUAAGCCGGAUCUUGAGAUAUCUCGCUGCUAUCGACGCGGUCAACCAGGUUUCGGCCAACGAGUAUGCUGCCAACAACGUCACUCGGAACCUUACCGAGAAGGUGGUUGUGGCGGGUUUGCACCACUACUUUUUCACGGCCGGGCCGCAGUACGAAGCUCUGCCCGAGUUUCUGAAGAGAACGAACUACAAAACCCCCGACUCCGAGCUAGAGACGGCUUUCCAAGAGGCUUGGAAGACGCCAUUGCACUCCUUCGCGUGGUUUGGCGAGAACCCCAAACAUCUUGGCUAUUUCAACGACUACAUGGCCCUCCGCCGCAAGCCUCAACUGUCUUGGUUGACAGUAUACCCCGUGGCCGAGGAAGCCAGGGGCUGGGAUGCAAAGGAUAACAGCCGGGCAAUCUACGUCAACAUCGGCGGCGGCAUCGGGCAUCAGUGCGCCCAGUUCAGGGAGCGGUACCCGGACCUGCCAGGGAGGGUAAUCCUGCAGGAUCUGCCGCACUCCAUUGCCCAGGCCUUGCCGACGGCCGGGGUUGAGAACCUUGCUCAUAACUUCUUCGAGCCGCAGCCGAUCAAGGGUGAGUGCACACUACAGACUCCAACUCGCACCUUUUUGGGCGUCCAACUGACCCAAUCAACAGACGCCAAAUUCUACUUCCUCCGUGGCGUGCUGCACGACCACCCGCACCACAAGGCGCGCGCCAUCCUGGAGCAGACCAAGGCGGCCAUGGGGCCAGAGUCGGUCCUGCUGGUUGACGAGAUGAUUUUCCCGGAGAAGGGCGUCAACCUCGCAGCGGCCUCCAUCGACAUGACCAUGCUCACAGCAUUGGCCGGCUUGGAGCGGACCGAGGCGCAGUGGCGCGAGAUCUUUGACGAGGUUGGAUUGGAGCUGGUCAAGACCUACGUGUACAACCCGAGCAAUUACGAGGGCGUGAUGCAUGUGCGGUUGCCCGGAGUGGGGAAGUGA